AUGGACGAUCAUUCCGAGCCUGCUCUCAAGUUUUUUGCCACAUGUCUCGCUAACCAGCACGCAACCCUCCCCAUCUUGGAACAUCUAUCUAUGGCUGGAGGACCCUCUGAUUUACGCCUCCCAUGGGUCAACUCAUUCUUGGAACGCCUGGAGGCUUCUCCACAGCUUCAUUCCCUUCACAUCGCCGACUGGUAUGAGAUUGUCGCGUCAGACCUCCUUCCGUGGCGCUCCAUUCGUCAAUUUCGUCUCCGCUACUACUAUGACCGCAACACCGAUGGCGUCGACUUAAACUUGAAUGGUAUCCUGAAACGCGCAAAGGAAUGUCCUCACCUCACCAUGCUGGAUAUCGGUACUCUCUGUAUCUACUAUCUCGGUGAUAAGAUCAAUCCGCCCGUACCUCUGUCGCACCUCCGGACGCUUAAGCUAUUCCUCCCACACCAUGAAGAUUUCGUCACAAUCCUUCAGUCCAUCAAAGCCGUUCACCUAGAAUCACUCAUCCUCUGCGUCCAGAUGAUGUGUGCUUAUGAAAAUCGUCCCCCUCCCAUAGUGGCGCAGUGUCUUGAUCACUAUGCCCUUACGCUACGUGCUCUGAAGAUCCCCGCUUUCAUCAGCACACAUCCCGACGAAGUCGGAUCCGCUUUCCAAAACCUGCGCAACUUGGAGUCCCUUACGCUACUGGAUUUCUUCGUUCAGCAGUACAGUACCAACGCCUUGGACUCUCUCAUCUUGGUGUUUGACGAUUCGGGCCAGUUGGUCCGGGGAAAGAAUCUCGCGCUGAAGCAUUUCGAGAUCGACUUUGUCGGGUUUUGGCCCCAAAAACAGGUCAAUGAUGCCUUUGUUGCCAGCUUACUUCAGGUUAUCACAUCGCGAUGGUAUAUACCGGUUGGUGCACGGUCCAACGAUGGACAACCCAUUCAGCGUCUCUGUUCCUUCCACGUAAAACGCGAUUCUCCUCUUCCUCUCGAUGGCCUGCUGCAGGAAUAUCCUGUGGAGUACGAGCGUAUCAAACAGUGCUGGAGGGAAGGAUUAACGAGGGAGUUUGUUUCUGAAUAG